AUGCCUUCCCUUCUUGAUCUUUUUGAUCCAGGCGUGAGUUUGGCCGCGUUCGCUGCUUCCCUUUUCAUGAGCGCAGCCUACUACGCCUGGUGCCACUUCUCGGAGCAUUUCAAUGACCCCCUGAUUCCUUAUGGUCACCUCCUGAUGGAUUUCCUCGUAUUCAUCUUUUGCUUUCGUUUGUCGCUCCUCUUCGUUCUCGCCUGGUCUGAGGGAGUCCUCCGCCGUUUUCACCACCGUCGUGGCGACGAUGAUGACGACCAUGGAUCUCCGUCUGGCACGGGCGCCGGCACUGGCUCCGGCUCCAGCUCUGGAGCUCAUCCUGGCUUCGCUUCUCAGCGAUCUAACGAUCAGAAGCGAGCCCCUGGUGACAGAGCUCGCACUCGGUCCAACCAACAUGGCGCACCUCAUCAUCGUGUUUCUCUUGCUAUCUUUGUUGCUCUCUCUGUUGUUCUGAUGAGACUGCUAAUCAAAACGCUUAUCUUCCUCCAGUUUGUGUCUUCUCGUGGCAAUGAGUACUUCUGCGAGAUCGACGAGGAUUAUCUGACCGACCGUUUCAACCUGACGGGCCUUAACGCCGAGGUCCCUUACUAUCAGUACGCACUCGACCUCGUUACCGAUGUCUUUGAUCUCGAUGCAGACGAUGAUCUGCGCGAGCAAAUUGAAAAGUCUGCGCGUCAUCUCUACGGCCUGGUUCAUGCCCGCUACAUCGUCACUACCCGUGGUCUUGCAAAGAUGCUCGAGAAGUACAAGAAGGGUGAUUUCGGCAAAUGCCCACGCGUUAUGUGCGAUGGACAUCCGCUUCUUCCCGUCGGCCAGUCUGAUCUUCCAAACAUGAGCACUGUCAAGCUUUAUUGCGCCAAGUGUGAAGACACGUACAACCCCAAGUCCUCGCGCCACGCGUCUAUCGACGGAGCCUAUUUCGGUACCUCGUUUCACUCCAUUCUCUUCCAGGUCUACCCCGCUCUCAUCCCCGAGAAGAGCAUCCGUCGCUACGAGCCUCGCAUCUACGGCUUCCGCGUGCACGCCGCUGCUGCUCUCGCCCGUUGGCAGGAUGUCGAACGCGACCAGAUGCGCCAGCGCCUGGCCGACUUUGACAUCGAAGCCAAGUUCAUCGAGGACUCCGAGAGUGACGACGAGGCUUUUGACUACGAGGAGGUUUCCCCCUCGGGCGCCAAGAACGAGAAGGUUCUCGGAGACACUGCCUCCGGCCGUAUGGACCUCGGUAACUAG